UCAUCACUGAGUUGGAUCUCUUCCAUUCUGUUUUUUUUUUUCUGAAUUCAAGGCUUGAUCUUCUCUUCAUUGGGGUUCUUUCUGUUUCUUGAACCCCCCCCUUUCUCUUCUGGACCUUUACCAAUUCUCAAUGGAGGUUCCAGAGAUGGAAGGCAAGAGUGAAAGUCAUAUGACAUCAGCGGCAGCCUUUGUAGAAGGGGGGAUUCAAGAAGCCUGUGAUGAUGCUUGCAGCAUUUGCCUUGAGGACUUUUGCAAAAGUGAUCCUGCAACGGUCACUAAUUGCAACCAUGAGUUCCACUUGCAGUGCAUUCUUGAAUGGUGUCAGAGAAGCUCCCAAUGUCCUAUGUGUUGGCAACCUAUCAGCUUGAAGGAUGCUACCAGUCAAGAAUUGCUUGAGGCAGUAGAGCUGGAGAGGAGCUUGAGGGAUAACUCAUCAAGAGAUGCUGCAAUUUUUCAUCAUCCGACACUUGGGAAUUUCGAGUUGCAGCAUUUACCAAUGGGUGUAAAUGAGGCUGAUAUUGAAGAGCGAAUACUUCAACAUUUAGCUGCUGCCGCAGCAAUGAGGAGAGCACACCACCUUGGUAGGAGGGAAGGUCAAAGAACUAGGCCAUCUGCUCACGGCCGUCCGCACUUCUUAGUAUUUCCUACUCAGCCUAGUGCACCUCCAUCAGCUGCAAUUCCUGUAGGAACCCCAUGUACCCCACUUACAUUUGAUGGAGAUGAUCAACCAUCACCACCACAUCAGAUCCCACAGUUUCAAACUCAGACUUCUUUAACUCCUGGCUCCACUGUCAGGGCAACAAAUCUUCAAGGAAUUCUCUCUAAUGAUAGAAGGUCUACCUCUCUUCCUUUACCUGUGAAUCAAGAUAGAGCACAGCCAUCAGAACAAUCAUUCUCUGAUUCUCUGCGUUCUAGACUUAAUGCAGUAUCCAUGAGAUACAAAGAAUCAAUUUCAAAGGGCACAAGGGGAUGGAAGGAGAGGCUGUUCUCUCCUAAUUCUUCCAUGUCAGAACUUGGUUCAGAAGUUAGGAGAGAAUUGAAUGCCAAAAUUGCUAGUGUAUCACGAUUUAUGGAGCGCCUUGAAACAAGGGAAAAUAAUAGAGCUGCAGGUACUUCUUUGUCAGACCAUUUGGUGAAUCAUUCUAUUGCAGAGACAAGUAACCAAAAUAAUGUGGAAGCGCGCGGAAAGAACUCUUUGCAUGACAACAAUACUCCAGCUACAUAUUCAGCUAGCUCAGAUUCAAAAUGAGCGAUAUUUUGCUUCUGUGAAUGCAUCUUUCCUCAGCAUAUCAUAUUUGAAGGCUAACUGUUUGCUCAGACAUGACAUGCUGAGGAAUAGAUACAUACAUAUAUAUAUAUAUGCUCAUGGUAAUUGAUUUUCAAUAAAAAUUAGAAUGUGAGACAUCUGUUCCUAAAGCUAAAAACUUUUGUUUGAAUGUAUAUAUUAUGCUAGGGACAGUAGGGAGUAAUAUUUAAGAUGUAAUCUAAAGGAGAAAGAGUUCUGAAAUUAUAUGAGACUUGUGUCCAUAAUGUGUCCUUAUAAUUACUUUUUUAUGUCAAUGGAAAUAGAUAUACUUCAAGGUGGCAACUGGAGUUGUUGCUGCUUCAC